GGUAACUCAAAGCUUGAAUUUGUAUUUAUUCAUUCACUGUCACUACGAUAAAGUACUUGUAUAGUCCGAUUAGUUUGGUAAAGAUUUUCAUACUCUAAUACUUUUCUGCCCAAUAAUUAGUUUAAUUUUAGAGAAAUACUACAUUUAAUUAACUUAAAAUGCCAGCUGCACCAAGUUCUACAUCAGUUGGAGCAGGAGGUCGUUCUCCAAGCAGAGUAGUAGCAUCAAGAACCAGCGGUGCUGGUACCGUUAGGCAAAGGAAAACUGCUCCAGCUACAUCAGCAAGAAACCGAACUACAGGAACAGGAUCUGGAGGAAUGUGGAGAUUUUACACAGAUGAUUCCCCUGGAAUUAAAGUUGGACCUGUUCCAGUUCUUGUAAUGUCGCUAUUAUUUAUUGCAUCUGUAUUUAUGCUUCAUAUUUGGGGAAAAUAUACAAGAUCUUAAAGUAAAA